UGCCCCCGGGGACUUCUCCCCUCCCUCUGCAGGAUGGGUGUCGGCCGCAGGAAGCUGGCCCCGCUCUGGGCCCUGGCUCUCACCCUGGCCUGGGCCCAGCACACAGGCUCUGUGGAACAUGGCCACGAGUACCUGGACCUCCUUCCUGUCACCCAGGGGCCCGCUGGCGACCGGCUGCGCGGCGUGACCAUCCUCCCCCCUCUGAGGACGGCGCCAGUGGUUCGAGCUCUGAACGCCGCGCACAACGGGCGGGUGUGCAGCACCUGGGGCGACUUCCACUAUAAGACCUUCGACGGGGACGUCUUCCGCUUCCCGGGCCUGUGCAACUACGUCCUCUCCGCGCACUGCGGGGCCGCCUACGAGGACUUCAACGUCCAGGUCCGCCGCGGCCUGGAGUCCAAUGUCACCACGCUGGCCAGAGUCACCAUGAAGCUGGAUGGCAUGGUCAUCGAGUUGACCAAGAGCUCCAUCCAGGUCAACGGGCUCCCAAUCCAGCUGCCUUUUAGCCAGUCUGGUGUCAUCAUCGAGCACAGCAGCAGCUACCUGAAGGUGGUGGCCAGGCUGGGCCUGGCCUUCAUGUGGAGCCAGGACGACAGUCUCCUGCUGGAGCUGGACGCCAAGUACUCGAACCAGACCUGCGGGCUCUGUGGAGACUUUAACGGUGUGCCUGUCUUCGACGAGUUCCUCUCCCACGGUGUCAAGCUGACCCCCAUCGAGUUCGGGAAUCUGCAGAAGUUGCACGGCCCCACGGAGCAGUGUCAGGACCCUGCACCUGUGCCCCCGCUGACUUGCUCACUGGGCACCGGCAUCUGUGAGGAGAUCCUGAGCAGCUGGCCCUUCCGGGGCUGCAACGCCCUGGUGGACGCCAGCAGCUACGUGCAGGCCUGCCGGCAAGACCUCUGCCUGUGCGAGCACGCCGAGCUGACCAGCUGCGUCUGCGAUACGGUCGCCGAGUACUCCCGCCAGUGCGCCCACGCCGGGGGGCGGCCCCUGGACUGGCGCGGCCCCGACCUGUGCCCCCAGACGUGCCCCCUCAACAUGCAGUACCGCGAGUGCGGCUCGCCCUGUGCGGACACCUGCUCCAACCCGGAGCACUCCCAGCUCUGCGAGGACCACUGCAUGGCCGGCUGCUUCUGCCCCGAGGGGACGGUGCUCGACGACAUCGGCCAGACGGGCUGCAUCCCCGCACCCCAGUGCGCCUGCGUGUACAACGGGGCCACCUAUGCUCCGGGGGCUGUCUACUCCACAGACUGUGCCAACUGCACCUGCUCCAGCGGCCGGUGGAGCUGCCAGGAGGUGCCAUGUCCUGGCACCUGCUCGGUGCUGGGGGGCGCCCACUUCUCCACGUUCGACGAGAGGCAGUACACAGUGCACGGAGACUGCAGCUACGUGUUGGCCAAGCCCUGUGACAGCAGCGCCUUCACUGUGCUGGCGGAGUUGCGCAGGUGCGGUCUGACGGACAGUGAGACUUGCCUCAAGAGCCUGACCUUGAGCCUGGACGGGGGGCACACGGUCAUCGUGGUCAAGGCCAGCGGGGAGGUGUUUGUGAACCAGAUCUACACCCAGAUGCCCGUCUCAGCAGCCAACGUCACGCUCUUCAGACCCUCAACCUUCUUCAUCAUCGCCCAGACCAACCUGGGUCUGCAGCUGGACGUCCAGCUGGUGCCCACCAUGCAGGUGUUCCUGAGGCUGGCGCCCGAGCUCCGCGGGCUGACCUGCGGCCUGUGCGGGAACUUCAACCAGAACCAGGCCGAUGACUUCCGGACCCUCAGCGGCGUGGUGGAGGGCACAGCCGCCGCCUUCGCCAACACCUGGAAGACCCAGGCCGCCUGCCCCAACGUCAAGAACAGCUUCGAGGACCCCUGCUCCCUCAGCGUAGAGAACGAGAAGUACGCUCAGCAUUGGUGCUCCCGACUGAAGGACCCCCAUGGCCCCUUCGCCCAGUGCCACGCUGCCGUGAGCCCCGGCACUUACCACUCGAACUGCAUGUUCGACACGUGCAACUGUCAGAAGAGCGAGGACUGUCUGUGUGCGGCCCUGUCCUCCUACGUGCGCGCCUGUGCCGCCAAGGGGGUGCUGCUCAGAGGCUGGAGGGACGGCGUGUGCACGAAGCCCAUGGCCACCUGCCCGAAGUCGCUGACCUACCAGUACCACAUCAGCUCCUGCCAGCCCACCUGCCGGGCCCGGAGUCACGAGGACGUCACCUGCGGCAUCCGCUUUGUCCCCGUGGACGGCUGCGCCUGCCCCCAAGGCACCUUCAUGGACGAAGCGGGCAAGUGUGUGCCGGCCAGCAGCUGUCCCUGCUACCACGAGGGCUCCGUGGUCCCCAACGGGGAGUCGCUGCACGAGCGUGGGGCCAUCUGCACUUGCACGCAAGGCUUGCUGAGCUGCAUCGGAGGCCACACCCCUGCCCCAGUCUGCACCCCGCCCAUGGUCUACGUUGACUGUCGCAAUGCCACGCCGGGGGCCGCCGGGGCCGGCUGUCAGAAGAGCUGCCUCACCUUGGACAUGGAGUGUUACAGCCCCCGGUGCGAGCCCGGCUGCGUGUGCCCCGACGGGCUGGUGGCCGACGGUGAAGGCGGCUGUGUCGCCGUGGAGGACUGUCCCUGCGUGCACGACGAGGCCAGCUACCUGCCCGGCCAGACCGUCCGGGUGGGCUGCAACACUUGCACCUGUAAAAGCAGGAUGUGGCAGUGCACACGUGAGCCCUGCCUGGCCACCUGCACGGUGUAUGGGGACGGCCACUACAUCACCUUCGAUGGGCGGAGCUACAGCUUCAGCGGCGACUGCGCGUACACACUGCUUCAGGACCACUGUGGUGGGAACAGCACUGCCAACGGGACCUUCCGAGUCGUCACGGAGAACGUCCCCUGCGGGACCACGGGUGUCACCUGCUCCAAGGACCUCAAGCUCUUCCUGGGGGUGAGUGGGGGGCCGGGUGGGAACGGGGGCAGCCGCUCAGAGGCCCCGGGGAACUCUUGGAAGGUGAGUGGGGACGGGCCUAAGGGACCGCAUCCCCCCCCCCCCCCGCAGAGCUACGAGCUGAAGCUGAGUGGCGGCAAAGUGGAGGUGAUCCAGAAGGGCGUGGGGCAGGAGGCCCCCUACUCCAUCCGCCAGAUGGGCAUCUACCUGGUGGUGGACACCGAGGUCGGCCUGGUGCUGCUGUGGGACAGGAAGACCAGCAUCUUCCUCAAACUCAGCCCCGAGUUCAAGGGCCGGGUCUGCGGGCUGUGCGGGAACUUUGACGACAACGCCGUCAAUGACUUCACCACGCGGAGCCAGUCCGUGGUGGGCAACGCCCUGGAGUUUGGCAACAGCUGGAAAUUCUCCCCGUCCUGCGCCGACGCCCCGGCCCCCAGGGACGCCUGCACCGCCAACCCGCACCGCAAGUCCUGGGCCCAGAAGCAGUGCAGUGUCCUCAACAGCGCCACCUUCGCCGCCUGCCACGCCCACGUGGAGCCCGCCAAGUACUAUGAGGCCUGCGUGGGCGACGCGUGUGCCUGUGACUCCGGGGGCGACUGUGAGUGUCUCUGCACGGCCGUGGCCGCCUACGCCCAGGCCUGCCACGACGUGGGCGUGUGCGUGUCCUGGCGGACCCCGGACAUCUGCCCCUUGUUCUGCGACUACUACAACCGCGAGGGCCAGUGCGAGUGGCACUACCAGCCGUGUGGCCCGCCCUGCAUGAGGACCUGCCGGAACCCGAGCGGCCGCUGCCUGACCGACCUGCCGGGCCUGGAAGGCUGCUACCCCAAGUGCCCGCCAGAAGCCCCCAUCUUCGACGAGGACCAGAUGCAGUGUGUGGCCACGUGCCCCACGCCCCCCCCGCCGCCGCCCUGCCGCGUCCAAGGCAAGUCAUACCGGCCGGGGGAGAUGGUGCCGUCUGACAGGAACUGCCAGUCCUGCGUCUGCAGCGAGAGCGGGGUGCAGUGCGCCUACGACACCGAGGCCUGUGUCUGCACCUAUGACGGGCGGCGCUUCCGCCCGGGGGACGUCAUCUACCACACGACCGACGGCACGGGGGGCUGCAUCUCCGCCCGCUGCUCGGCCAACGGCACCAUCGACAGGAGGGUCUACCCCUGCGGCCCCACCACCCCCACGCCACCAACCACCUUCUCCUUCUCCACACCCCCGCUCGUCGUGAGCUCAACACGUCCAGCCCACACGUGCCACAGCCCUGCCAAGAGCACGGUGCGGCCCAGCACUCGGAGCGGUGCCCCGUCCUCCACCCCAGGCACGACCUCCAGUCCUCCGACGAGCCCUCCCCGGUCCCGCCAGGCCUGUGGGGAAGAUUGCCGGUGGUCACCGUGGCUGGACGUCAGUCACCCGGGACGGGGCAUCGACAGCGGUGACUUCGACACGCUGGAGAACCUCCGUGCCCACGGGUACCAGGUCUGCCCGACGCCGAAGAGGGUGGAGUGUCGGGCUGAGGACGCCCCCGAGGUACCGAUCCAGGUCCUGGGGCAGCACGUGGAGUGCAGUCCAGCGCGGGGCCUGACCUGUUACAACCGCAAGCAGGCUUCGGGGCUUUGCCACAACUACCAGAUCAGGGUCCAGUGCUGCUUCCCCCGUACCUGCCCUACCACUGGCGGUCAAACCCAGACCACCACACCUGUCCCAGGGACGAGCACAACCACCCCGAGUACGUCUACACCUGUCCCAGAGACCACUACAACCACCCCGAGUACCCCUACACCUGUCCCAGGGACCACUACAACCACCCCGAGUACCUCUACUCCUAUCCCAGGGACCACUACAACCACCCCGAGUACCUCUACUCCUGUCCCAGGGACCACUACAACCACCCUGAGUACCUCUACUCCCGUCCCAGGGACCACUACAACCACCCCGAGUACGUCUACUCCUGUCCCAGGGACCACUACAACCACCCCGAGUACCUCUACUCCCGUCCCAGGGACCACUACAACCACCCCGAGUACCUCUACUCCUGUCCCAGGGACCACUACAACCACCCCGAGUACGUCUACACCUGUCCCAGGGACCACUACAACCACCCCGAGUACCUCUACUCCCAUCCCAGGGACCACUACAACCACCCCGAGUACCUCUACUCCCGUCCCAGGGACCACUACAACCACCCCGAGUACCCCUACACCUGUCCCAGGGACCACUACAACCACCCCGAGUACCUCUACUCCUGUCCCAGGGACCACUACAACCACCCCGAGUACCUCUACUCCUAUCCCAGGGACCACUACAACCACGCCGAGUACCUCUACUCCUGUCCCAGGGACCACUACAACCACCCCGAGUACCUCUACUCCUGUCCCAGGGACCACUACAACCACCCCGAGUACCUCUACUCCUGUCCCAGGGACGAGCACAACCACCCCGAGUACCUCUACUCCUGUCCCAGGGACCACUACAACCACCCCGAGUACCUCUACUCCUGUCCCAGGGACCACUACAACCACCCCGAGUACCUCUACUCCUGUCCCAGGGACCACUACAACCACCCCGAGUACGUCUACACCUGUCCCAGGGACCACUACAACCACCCUGAGUACCUCUACUCCUGUCCCAGAGACCACUACAACCACCCUGAGUACCUCUACUCCUGUCCCAGGGACCACUACAACCACCCCAAGUACCCCUACACCUGUCCCAGGGACCACUACAACCACCCCGAGUACCUCUACUCCUAUCCCAGGGACCACUACAACCACCCCGAGUACGUCUACAUCUGUCCCAGGGACCACUACAACCACCCUGAGUACCUCUACUCCUGUCCCAGGGACCACUACAACCACCCUGAGUACCCCUACACCUACCCCAAGUACCCCUACACCUGUCCCAGGGACCACUACAACCACCCCGAGUACCUCUACUCCUGUCCCAGGGACUACUACGACCACCCCGAGUACGUCUACACCUGUCCCAGGGACCACUACGACCACCCCGAGUACCUCUACACCUGUCCCAGGGACCACUACGACCACCCCGAGUACCUCUACUCCUGUCCCAGGGACCACUACGACCACCCCGAGUACCCCUACACCUGUCCCAGGGACCACUACGACCACCCCGAUGACAAAAACCAGCACAAGCCCUGUUCUCAAAACUGAAACAACCCACUUCACACCCGUGACCAUCCCCUGCCAGCCACAGUGCAGGUGGACCAAGUGGUUCGACGUGGACUUCCCGUCCCCGGGGCCCCACGGAGGAGACGCGGACACCCUCGGCAACAUCGUCAGAAGGGGAGGGAAAAUCUGUCGCCGGCCCGAGUACAUCACGCGGCUGGAGUGCCGGGUCGAGAGCCACCCCGAGGUCAGCAUCGAGACGCUGGGCCAGGUGGUAGAGUGCAACAUCAGCAAGGACCUGAUGUGCCGGAACCGGGACCAGAGUGGCGAGGUCGGGAUGUGCAACUACGAGGUCCGCGUGCUGUGCUGUGAGCCCCCGGAGCACUGCCCUCGUACUUCUGUGACGCCUUACGCGACUCCAUCCACCAAGCCCUCGUCCCCUCCAGAACCGACCUCCGUGGUGUCCACCACGACAUGUUACUGCAGCGUGUCUGACAAGUUCUACCGCGCAGGAUCCAUCAUUUACAACCGGACCGACCUCGACGGCCACUGCUAUUAUGCCACGUGCAGCCUGGACUGCCACGUGGUCAGGACGCACUACACCUGUGCCAGCGGCACAACACCUCCCGUCCCAACCACCUCCCCGGCCGGGUCCUCCCCUUCAGCCUCCGCGCCCGUCACCGCGCAGGGGUGCCCAAACGCGGUCCCCCCAAGAAAGAAAGGCGAGACCUGGGCCAUGCCCAACUGCUCUCAGGCCACCUGCGAGGGCAACGGUGUCAUCACCCUGCAGCCGCGGCCGUGCCCGCAGGUGCAGCGGCCGGUGUGCGCCAACGGCUACCCGCCCGUGAAGGUGGUCGACCCCGACAGCUGCUGCCCGCACUACCGGUGCCAGUGUGUGUGCAGCGGCUGGGGCGACCCCCACUACAUCACCUUCGACGGCACCUACUACACGUUCCUGGACAACUGCACGUACGUGCUGGUGCAGCAGAUCCUACCCGUGUACGGCCACUUCCGCGUGCUCAUCGACAACUACUUCUGCGGGGCGGAGGACGGGCUCUCCUGCCCGCAGUCCAUCAUCGUCGAGUACCGGCAGGACCGCGUCGUGCUGACCCACAAGCCCGUGCUCGGGGUGAUGACCAACGAGAUCAUCUUCAACGACAAAGUGGUCAAGCCCGGCUUCCAGAAGGACGGCGUGAGCGUCUCCCAGAUCGGCAUCAAGAUGUACCUGACCAUCCCCGAGCUCGGCGUCCAGGUCAUGUUCUCCGGCCUCAUCUUCUCGGUGGAGCUGCCUUUCAGCAAGUUCGCCAACAACACCGAGGGGCAGUGCGGCACCUGCACCAAUGACAAGAAGGAUGAGUGCCGUCUCCCCGGGGGCACCGUGGUGCCCUCCUGCUCUGAUAUGUCCGGCCACUGGAAGGUGACGACGCCCCACCAGCCGCCCUGCCACGGGCCACCCCCGAAGCCCACUGCAGUCGGGCCCACGCCCUCGCCCGCCCCCUGCCUGCCUUCGCCGAUCUGCCAGCUGAUUCUGAGCGAGGUCUUCGAGCUGUGCCACCCUCUGAUCCCCCCGCUGGCAUUCUACCAAGGCUGCACCUUCGACCACUGCCACCUGAACGACUCCAACGUGCUGUGCUCUAGCCUGGAGCUGUAUGCGUCCCUCUGCGCCUCCCGAGGCGUGUGCAUCGACUGGAGGCGCCACACCAACCACACGUGCUCGUUCACCUGCCCUGCUGACAAGGUGUACCUGCCGUGUGGCCCGUCCAAGCCCUCAUACUGCUAUGGGAGUGACAACAACACCAGCCUCGUGGCUCUUCAGGACACUGUCCCCAUCACAGAAGGCUGCUUCUGUCCAGAGAACAUGACGCAUUUCAGCAUGAGCUCUCCAGUCUGCGUGCCUGCGGACUGCCACAGGUGCCUGGGCCCCCACGGGGAGGCUGUGGAGCCCGGCCACACCAUCAGCGUGGACUGCCAGCGGUGCACCUGUGAGAGCAGCACGCUGACAAUGAGCUGUCACAGGCAGCCCUGCCCCCUGCCCCCAGCCUGCCCCCUGCCCGGCUUCGUGCCUGUGCCUGCAGCCCCGCAGGCCGGCCAGUGCUGCCCCCAGUACAACUGCGCCUGUGACACCAGCUACUGCCCCAAGCCCGUGGCCUGUCCCGAGGGCUCCCACCCGGUCGUGACCUAUACGGAGGGGGCCUGCUGCCCCAGCCAGAACUGCAGCUGGGAUGUCUGCAGCGUUAACGGAACCUUGUACCGGCCCGGCUCCGUGGUCUCCUCCAGUCUGUGCGAAACGUGCAGGUGUGAGGUGUCCAGCAGUCCCCAGUUGGACACGGUCGUCAUCAGCUGUGAGACCCAGAUUUGCAACACCCACUGCCCCGCGGGCUUCGAGUAUCAGGAGCAGAGUGGGCAGUGCUGUGGCCUGUGUGUGCAGCAGGCCUGUGUCGUGAACGCCAGUGACAGUUCCACCCGCAUCUUCUACCCCGGCCAGUCCUGGCCAGACCCCACGAACCCGUGUGUGACCCACGAGUGUGAGAAGCACCGGGACGGGCUCGUGGUGGUGACCAGGAAGAAGGCGUGUCCCCCACUCAACUGCCCUGCGGCCCAGGCCCAGCUGAGCGAGGACGGCUGCUGUCUCGCCUGUCCCCCGCCCCAACCUCGGAACCAGUCGGCCUGUGCGGUAUACUACAAGCGUGAGGUCAUCGUGCAUGGAGAUUGCAGGUCCCCGCGGCCCACGAGGGUGGCCUACUGCCAGGGCAACUGCGGGGACAGCAGUGCCAAGUACUCGCUGGAGGCCAACACCAUAGAGCGGAACUGCAGCUGCUGCAGGGAGCUGCGGGUGUCGCCGACGACAGUGACCCUGCGCUGCAAGGACGGCUCCAGCCGAACCUUCGGCUACACCCUGGUGAAGGAGUGCGGCUGUGUGGGGCAGCAGUGCGGCCCCCGCGGCAACCUAAGCCAUUCGAAGGAGUCGGGGCCCUUGCAGAGUGACGAGGAGCAGAGCCAGGAGACGGGGCACACGGGCUGGAGGAGGGGGUCCAGCAGUCCUUGGAGCUCCCGGCCACCUCCCUCCAGGACCCAGCGAUAAGGGUCCCGUUCCCCGUAGCCCCAGCUCCAAGGCCGGUGGGACCUCGGUCCAGGCGGCCCGAGAUCAGGAUGCACUGCCCGCCCCGCUCUUCCGUCUGCAGGGUCCACGGCCCUUGGAAGUGUGACGGCCCUGAGGGACCUGGGCAGGCGGGGCUCCUCUGGCCACGGGUCCAGUCUGCUUUUCCCCGGACGUAAGCAUCACGGAAGGGUCUUAUCGAUGACGGCCACUUGGAUGUGGUGCCCGGCCAUUCGGCUGGCCACCGGGAGGCAGAGCCUCACCCCUGCCUCGGCCCUGGGCCUCGGGAAAUGGCCAACUGGUUCCAUAAAUACAUCUGGAGCAUUUUGCACCUUGCA